AUGGAGAUACCCCAUCGAGGAGCCAGGCCUAUGGGAAGCCUCCCUCAGAUUCAAAUACACGACCCAUCUGAGAUGUAUCGAAAGUCGAACAGGUCCAGCUCGUACAAUUCAGCGUCAUCUCCAAGACCGUCUUCGAUUCCAAUGUCAAUACCGAACACUCGAGAAUUCGUCCCCCCACCGCUUCCCCCACCACGACAUUUGGCGGACAUUGCAGAUGGUGGACACAAUGGGCCUGAUAUUGCAUGGCAAUGGGGCAAUUCGCAUACCGACAGUAGAGAUUGGGGCAAGGCGACGGCAUCUAUUCCACAAGGCUCCAGCUUACAUGGCGGAACCGGUAGUGACAUGGGUAGAAGCAGGAUGCUCGACGAACAAUCGGAUUUCCAACGCCGUGGAAGUUCUAUCUCGACUUUAAAAUCAGAUUCAAGGGAGGGCCAAUAUCAAAGAGAUGAAGGAUAUGAGAGUUUGGGAGCGAGCGUGUGGUCGAAUAAAUCCAGAAACCAAGAAUCCUUACCAAGCUUUCAGAGUUUUCAAAGUUCUGUCCACGAUAAAUACCAGAGUAAUGCUCAAGCAUUUGAUAGAACCCAAAUACAGAAGCUCGAUGCUAGGAGGGGAUCUGACAACACAACACCUCCCAAAGGACACCCAAAACCCAGCUUCAGCUCGUCUGUCAACGACGUAUCCCCAACAUCUCGCGUGCAUGAGCACAGAUAUCCUACUCAAUUGAAACCAUUGUCACUUCCGAUCCUUCCAGGAAGACCGGGGCUUGUCGAAAGCCCGCUGAGUAGAUGGGCCGACACGCCCCUAUCAUCUGCCAUCUCGCCCGGCAAUCCAUACCCAAGAUUCAGCAUGCAGAGCCCGUAUGAUCACAGAUCGCCAAACGAUGCGGAUUCGGACAGGUCUCCCGUCCCGUACAUAAGGUGUUCAGGAAGCAUUCCUAUCAUGAAUAUCAAUGAUGACGCCUCUUCAGUGACUAGUAGGUCUAGGGAGAGUUAUGAUCAGAGGAUCACUCCGGAACAUGAUGAUUUUCCUAUGGAGGAUACUGGUUUUAGACGACUACAUAUUGACGACUACUCUAACCGCCAUGAAGGAUACUCCCCUGGCGCAACCGUUGGUCAGAAAAGACGUGCUUCCUCUCCACCAGGUGACGAUGGUCACUCUCUGCACACUGUCGGUAGCGCGAGCGAUCUAUACAGACGGAGAGAGUCUGCAUCACGAGCUUCUCCCAGCCCUCGUUUCCACUCGAAUUCUGGUUCAGUGUCAUCAACAGCCUCAGCGCCAAGGAAUAACUCGUAUGCUUCAACACUUUCGGUGACUGCAAGUAGUAUCACGAGCAUGAGCUCUUAUGGACGACUCUCUCCUGGAGGAAUUUCUCCUGGUGGUAUUUCAAAUGCUGGGUCAGACAUGUCAGACUCACCAUAUGUAACCUCGUUGUCAUUGAACCUGAGUCCGCGCGGCUCCUUGUCAAGAACAAAUCAUAAUCGGGCCCUGUCCGAGUCCCGCCCUCUGAUGACCUCUCGGAAACUAUCCGAAAGCCUUGGAACUUCUAAGCACGACAGCCCUCCCAAACUGCAUGGUGUUUACAUGUGCGAAUGUUGCCCAAAGAAACCAAAGAAAUUUGAUUCACAGGAAGAGCUGACUGCACACGAGCAAGAAAAGCAGUACGAAUGUGCAUACUGUCGGAACCGCUUCAAGAAUAAAAAUGAGGCUGAGCGACAUCAAAACUCCCUUCAUCUUAGGCGCCAUUCCUGGUCCUGUGCAGCGUUAUCAGGCUACGCCGCAGCGUUCCAUAAUUCUCCAAAUCGGCCUAACGAAGCUGACACAUGCGGCUAUUGUGGAGAAGAUUUUCCACGGUCAGGAAUCUCGUCUCCCUCGAUAUCAGGACAACCGAUUGCUAUUGCAAAUGACCAGGAUUGGGAAAUUCGGAUCGGCCAUCUUCAGGAAAUGCACAAGUUCGGCGAGUGCAACCACGCCAAAAAGUUCUUCAGAGCAGAUCAUUUCAGGCAGCAUCUGAAGCACAGUCACGCAGGCACUAGCGGUAAAUGGACCAAUAUGCUAGAGAAUGCAUGUAUGAAAGACGAGCCACUUCCGGAGCCGAUCCGAGGUCCCGAACGAGUGAGCCCUGCCGGGCCAAGAGUAGGUAGAAUUAGCGAGGAGGAUGAAAUCAUUUGA